CUCUGGACUUUAGGGUGGGAGUUAGCAGUUAGCACUGUAAGCUAACAGCCGGAGUGUGUAAUGGCGGCCUCGGUCUUGCUGGGGUCUGCGGACAACAGCGGACUCAACUUCCAGGUCGGAGGCGGCGGGGCCGGGAAUGUUUUAGUCGGGAACACUAACGGACUGGGACCGGCGGGCCCGGCGCCCUGGAACCGCUCUCUGGACCGGGCGCUGGAUGAAGCCUCGGCCACCGGGUGCCUGAACCUCAGCGGCAGGAAGCUGAAGGAGUUUCCCCGGAGCGCCGCCAACCACGACCUGACGGACACCACCAGGGCCGAUUUGUCUCGUAAUCGGCUGUCGGAGCUUCCUCUGGAGGUUUGUCUCUUCGUGUCUCUGGAGAGUCUGAAUCUGUACCAGAACUGUCUGAGGUCUCUGCCGGACGGACUGCUGAACCUGCAGGCCCUGACCUACCUGAACCUCAGUCGGAACCAGCUGUCGGUUCUCCCCGCCGUCGUCUGCAGCCUCCCUCUGAAGGUUCUGAUCGCCUGCAACAACAAGCUGGUUUCUCUGCCAGAAGAACUGGGCCAGCUGAGACACCUCACCGAGCUGGAUGUGAGCUGUAAUGAGAUCCAGACCUUACCUGCCCAGGUGGGUCAGCUGGAGGCUCUCAGAGACCUGAACAUCCGGAGGAACCACCUGGUCCGGCUGCCUCCAGAGCUGGCCGAGCUUCCUCUGGUCCGUCUGGAUUUCUCCUGUAACAAAGUGACCUCCAUCCCCGUCUGUUACCGACGACUCACACAGCUACAGACCAUCGUCCUCGACAACAACCCUCUGCAGACGCCCCCCGCACAGAUCUGCAUCAAAGGGAAAGUUCACAUAUUCAAGUAUCUGAACCUGGAGGCCAGCAAGACGACGCCCGACCUCCCCGACUACGACAGACGACCUCUGACCUGUGUCGAUGAGCUGUAUCCCGGCCGUCCAUACGGAGCUCUGGACUCCGGCUUCAACAGCGUCGACAGCGGAGACAAGCGAUGGCUCGGGAACGAGCCUUCAGAGGAGCUUUCAGAGCUGUCCAGCAGAGUGGCCGAGAUCAGCCGAGACCAGAGACCGAGAGGAGGAGGAGGAGGAGGAGGAGGAGGACCGCUGCUGGCCAACGGAACACAUGUGGAGUUGGAGCAGAUCGACUUCAUCGACAGCUGUGUGGGGGAGGAGGAGGAAGACGAGGGCCGGAGUCGAGGAGGAAGAGGAGACAGCAGCAGCCUGAGCUCUCAGUUCAUGGCUUACAUCGAGAGACGCAUCACCAGAGAGGGUUCUCCAGUCAAAUCCAGUUUGUCCAGAACAGAAGACACAAAGAGACACAGCAGGAGUGUGGUCGAUGGCGUUGCAGCUCCCUCUAGCUCCCACAGCCAGAGAGGUGUCGGUCCAGGUGUGGAGAGGAUGAGGAGGGAGGCUCAGCUCGCUGCUCUCAGGUACGACGAGGAGAGGCAGAAGAACCGAUCUCUGCAGAGGGACAGCGUCACCAGCUACUCCAAGCAUAAAGCAGCUCAGAGUCCAACCAAGUCCAGUCCAGACACUGAGAGUGUGUACCCCUCCAGACGCUCCACCCACACAGACGACUCCGCCCUCUUCAUGUGUGUUCUGGUGUUUGAGAUCGACUUUGACACAAACACAAUAAAGAGACGACCUGGUUCACACAGACAGUCUGUUACCGGAGUGUCUGUAGACGGCUGUCGCUCUCAUGCUGCCUCUGACAGCGCCGCCUCCUGUCUGCUGCAGCAGGGCGAAGACAGAGCCGCUCUGUCACCUACAGCCAAUCAGUCACCUUCCUACCCCGGCUCAGGGGGCGUGGCUUCCUGUCGGACAGCCGGCGUGAGACCAGAGAGUUUCCUGUAUCGCCUAAGUCAGAAGGAGGAGAAGAGGAAAGGUGACGCUGCUGCUGCUCCUCAGAGUCAGGAGGAGACUCCUGCUGCUCCUCCUCUGGUUGGAGAAGAUGCUGAGGUGGUUGAGCAGCUCAGAAAGAACAUUGAGGCUCGUCUCAAAGUGUCAUUGCCUAGCGACCUGGGAGCUGCUCUGACGGAUGGGGUGGUGCUGUGUCACCUGGCCAAUCACGUGAGACCGCGGUCCGUCCCCAGCAUCCACGUCCCCUCCCCUGCUGUGCCUAAACUCACCAUGGCCAAAUGUCGACGAAACGUAGAGAACUUCCUGGAGGCGUGUCGCAGGAUCGGAGUUCCCCAGGACCGUCUCUGUUCGGUGGGGGAGGUCCUGGAGGGGAAAGGGGGCGGGGUUUAUGGGACACUUGCUGUGUUGCUGUCCAUGGCCCCGCCCCUGAUCAGCCUGUCCCCUCAGGCCCAGCUGGCCGGCUUCGCACUCUUUUACCUGUCUGUCAUGUCGGUGCUGUGUGCCAUCUAUGUACACCUGGCGCCGCAUGCCUGGACCUGAACGCCAAACGUCUGCUGACCGCCGACUCCACAGAUAGAAGGAGAAACCGGCAAAUCCUCAAAUCUGCUCCUCAGAAUAUCUCUGUUCACAGCACAUUUAAAGUCGAACAUUUUGACAUUACCCUAGCUAAGCACAAAUACUGGAGGUACACCGGAUGUCUGGCUCUGCAGCUACGUUCCCUUAUGGAGUCUGGACUUGUUUCUGGGCUAGAUAGGAAAUCUGGGCGCUUUUACUGCAGGAACUUGUUUUGUGGCACCAUGAACUUUUGUGGGUCUGAUCUCACUACAAGGACUGGCUAUUUCAGGGCUGUUUCCAUGGAAGAUAAAAGCACUUACUCUAGGGUAGCUACUUCUAAACAGCCCUUCAAAACUGCUGUGUUGGACUCAGUGCUGACUUGUUAGAGAGGACAAGACCCACCAUUUUUCUGCCCUAUAUCGCUAUCAACAACAUUAAAUCACCAUACAGAGGGUCCUCGACUUAUGUCAGAGUUCUGUUCCUCCGGCCCGCUGUCAGUCGAUUUUGGGAAAUCCAUUAGAAGAGUCUGACUUACGCUUGGAGCCAUAAUGAAAUGCAAAAAGUUAGCAAAUGCAGCACAAUAUAAGGUGGGGUACAACCAGCGAAUGUACACAAAACUGUCUUGUAGCACUGCAUGACGACCUAUUCAUCCGCUUUGCUCACCGACUAGUUCCACAUAAUGACAAAACGCUGUAGGUAGAGGACGUUGUAAAUCGAGGACCCUCUGUAUAGGCUAGUAUUUCCAGCUCUUAGAGCUGAAAUUGUUUCAAGUAAGUAUUUGUUGUAGCUUUGGAGCACUCAAAGUUAACGUCACAAUCAAAACUGUCCGAUCUUCCACUGCUAUUGCUGAAGGAACUGAUUCAGAGGUUGUUUCUGUUUAUCUUUACGCCUGCCAUGAGUUCCUGCAGUAACAAGCCACUUGCGUAUAUUCCUUCAGAGAUUUUUGUGGCUUGCCGAAAACUAAAUCCUUUCAAGAUACAACUUGAUCCAGUACUUAAAUCAUCUAAGCAUUAAUGCAAAUAAUAAUAAUUAUUAUGCUGGCUAGGUUGUGGCCACUUCAUGCUUUCUGUGUCCAUGUCACUGUUCAUACCCCUCGAUGCGCCUCACUCAGCUACAUGGACGGUUGCUUUCCCCUCGUAUCGAACACAGAAAAAAACAUGGGGAUACAGCAGCCAGUUACGGAUCUUCUGUAUACAGUGUUAAUGAUUAUUUCUGAGGUGGGCCAAACACAGUGUGUGAAUGUAGCAAAGGACUUUUGGAGAAAUGAGGACCUCCUGCUGUGUUUGGGAAACAACAUCCAAACAAAGUUCCUCCAAAGUCUUCCUUCCAUUGCGAGUCUUAUGAAGAUCUAUAAUGGUGUGGAUGAAGAGAAUGACCUUAAACAGUAUCUCCUUAUUCCAAGUAUUUGUUUGUAGCACCACUUGUUUUCUUGGUACUGGUAUGGACGUCCACGUGGUCACAAAUUUUGCGUGGACCUUAGCAGACCAGGAUAGAUAAUGAAGGUCCCAUUGUGCAUGAAAGCAUGAAUUGGCCUUUAGAAAGUAGCGAAGGAGAAAGACAUCCUCAAACCAUCCCAGGGUCAGAAGGGUUGGAUAAACCCUGUGGUGUGUCCUGGGUCUUCCUCAUUGUCCACUAUCUGCUGCCCGAACCACGUCAGCCAGCUCCUUUCAAAGAUAAUCCUGCUUGUAUCAACAAUCUCAUUCUUCUUGUCACACCUCACAGUGCAUGACCACAAUGGAGGAUAGUCCUUCACCUCCACAUGGUAGAUCCAGAGGACUUUCCAAACCUCUACAGGGGGAUCCUGAAACCUCACUUCAGUCCCUUGUAUCCACAACUACAAGUAAAGGAGCUUAGAUCCUUCUUCAAUAUAACAGUCUGCUGUAUUACCUGGACUAUUAUCAGUGUUGCACCUGUUCAUCUUCUGGGACUUGCUUGUUUAGAUAUUUGAAUGCCUUUAGCUGAGCACCACAGCCUCAGACUUUGUUGCUGCUUUGUGGUCACCUGUAAACUACCCCAGAGUACCUGGAUGUCGCUGCUUCAUACAGUUGACUGAGCUACAUCUUUCAUAUGAAGAUUAUAGCUCUGUCCAAACUCGAAAAAUAUUCCAGCACUUCCAAAUUCACAAAUCCACAUGGGUCCAGACCUUUAACUUGUCUCCAGGUGUUCAGGCCAAAUUUAGAAUGAGGGCUUGAUCUUUAUAUGCCUUUGGUUAGCAGUGUGGAUGUGAUUUCUGGGAUCAGAGUCCAGGAUUAUUUUGCCUUUUUGCUGUGACUUGAUGGAGAGACUUGCCACAUUACAAAUCAGAGCCCAGCUGAUGACACCAAUGUGUCCCUUCUAAACUCAGCUGUGCAAAAAUCAAAACACUGCCUAAAAGUCUCCCCAGGUUGCUGCUCCUGCUGUUUCAGAAUACCCACGGUCUGCUUCAUGUGAUCCAGAUGUUGGAAGCAUUUCUCUAGACUUGAGGAUUAGGGUUACUUUUAUCAGAUCCACAAAAUCCAUUUAUCAAAUCCAGAUCGUAUUAGUUUUAUUAUCGUGUCUGACAGUGUUCAGCUUUCAGUGUCUGUCUUUUUAUGCUAAUGAUACCAUUCAGAUCAACUGAGCCUGUAAGUGCUAAAAUCCCUGCUGUCUAAACUUUCAGAGACUCGAGACUCAAAUCACAGUACUUCAGCUCAAACAUUCGAUACCUGACUUGGAACUCAAUGUUGAAUUAAACACCAAAGACUCACAACUUCACUUGAAUUUUACUUGAAAUGACUUGACAUUGUCCCCAACCUUCUUGGGUGUCUUACAUUUCCUGCUAACUGAUCAGUGUUUAGUCAGUUAGUCUUUGAUAGUACACACUAGCACACCAACAAAUACUGACUGGUUCGGGACUCGAAGCACAAAAAUCAAUACUUAUCUAGGUCUUAACUGGGACUUGUUACCUUUAACCUGGGAUAUGUUGAUCUUGACUUGAUAGGUUUGAUCUGUUACUUGCUAGUCUUGACUUAUCUUUGAUGUGGGACUUGCUGGUCUGAACUUGUUACCCUUUACCUGAGACUUGCUGAUCUGGACUAGCUAUCUUUGACUUGGGACUUACCUUUGAUCUUGUACUUGUUACUUUUGUCCUGGAACUUUCUCUGCUGGACUUGUCACCUUUGACCUGGAACUUUCUCUGCUGGACUUGUUACCUUUGACCUGGGGCUUGCUCUUCUGGACUUGACACCUUUGAUUUGAGGCUUGUUACCUCUGACCUGGGACAUGUAGGACUGGGCUUAUCACUUGCUACCAUUGACCUGGGACUUGUCACCUUUGACCUGGGACUUUCUCUUCUGGACUUGUUCCCUUUGACCUGGGGCUUACUCUUCUGGACUUGAUACUUUUGAUUUGAGGCUUGUUACCUCUGACCUGGGACAUGUAGGACUGGGCUUGUCACUUGCUACCAUUGACCUGGGACUUUCUCUUCUGGACUUGUUCCCUUUGACCUGGGACUUGCUGGUCUGAACUCGGAUCCAAACAGAACUUUGUCUGCUGAACUCCGUUUGUUUGUUUCUUUUGAACCUGAGAGGAUCAUCCAAUCCUUCCUCUGCUGAAGUUGAAACUUGACAAACACCCAGAGUUGGAAGUUUACCCUGAAGCUUGUUUCCUGCCUGUUGAAGCUCCGCCCCCUGUGCCUUAUGUUUGGCUGCCUGUCUGAGUGUUUUUUUACUGUUUGUAAUGUGGUUCAGCCUUCCCGAUCAGAAACCUGCCAUACUCUUCGUAAACAUGUUUGCCUGAGAAAAAGCUCUGAGCACCAAAAAUCAGAGUUUCCAAACAUGGUCUUCCUUCCUGUAAUGCCAACAGUGAUACUUAAUGAGAAGUCAGAGUGUCGGAGCCCUUUGGCCUUCGUAGAACUCUAAGACCUCUAUUUCCACUGCAGGAACUUCACCUACCGAGGCCCAUUUUCACUGCUUCACUUUCUGAACCUAAAUCAGUGGCAUCAGUUCACUUCAGUUCUCAGGACUGUGAUUGAAAAAACAUACCAAAGACAAACACAGUCUGCAAUUAAACACAACGGCUUCAAGUUACUGCAGUGUUUAACCACAGUUUAAACAAACUACAGUCUUCCAUCUCAUUAGACAGUAAGAGGCUCCACCUGGUGGUACUACAGCUGAUCUACAACACAUUCUCUAACAUGAAUGUCCUUCUGCCUUAUCGAUUAAUGUCUUUAAUCUGUUACAUUAGCAAUGGAAAUUAAUCAGUUAACGAUCAAUCAUUAACAUCCACAGUGGAAGCACAAGAUUGUACAUCAGACUAAAGCGUAAAAGAAUCUUAAAAGUCCAAGUUCUGGGAAGAUUCUGGAGCCCAAAAUUUUCUCUUUAAAUAUGAGACUUGAGGCUUAGUUUACCGUUAGCUGAGAGGCUUACUAAGGGUGUUGCACAGCAUCCUUUGAAAGGAUUCCUUAGUGAAGAAAAAACAUUACAGAAUCAUUUAGACGGAAUUAGUUUGUUUGCUUAGAUUGAUGCUGAUGCCUGCUAUCACCUCAAAAUGUGGUCCAUAAAUAGUGAAAAAAUCACGAAAUUAAACUAGUCAGAAGAAAAGAUGGAAUUUCUAGAGGAAGAAUAAACUGAAAAGUAGUAGCAAACAGAAAACAACAAAAGUAGAAGGAAAUUACAACGAAAAUUAAUUCACAAAGACUUUGCGUGUUUUGGUUCAGACUUGAAGGUAGUUCAGCUGUGAAGGUCUUUAGCGCACUGGUUCACCUGUUGUUACGGGUUUCCUAGGUACUGAAGAUCUUCUCCUUAUCUUACCGUUUAGUGGACAUUUUAAGGAAAUCACAAGAAAAAGAUUUACCUCAGUUUUGUACAACAACAGAUUUAAUUUUAAUAAAACCUUAACUUAGACCUAAAUUAAAAUCCUAACUGGGUUCCAGGUUAAAGUCCUGCAGUGGAAAUGGACUCAUAGACCCUCUUGGACAUGGACUUGAUUACGGCGUCCUACAAGCGUGAACUGAGAAAGGACGGAAAAUACUUAAGACUUGACUUUUAUAAACUGAAGAGUGAGGAUGAUGCGUGUUUUUAUCAGACUCUGUGCCUCUGCUCUGCCCUGAUGUUGGAGAAAACUUUUCCCUCCAUGAAUAAAGUCGAUUAAAGCA